AUGGCUCAGUACUACCCCAACCAACAACAGCAACAGGGCUACGCACCCCAAGCCAACGCCCAGAAUCUCCAGUUCUUCCCCUCGUCCUACUCCUCAGUCUCCGGCCACACGACCCCCUCACAAGCCUCCUACGGAGCGGGCUUUGGCGGUGCUCCGAAUCCCUCCACGCAAGCUUAUCCCGUCGGUGGCGGGUAUGGGGGCUUUGGGUCUCCGGCCGCGGGUGUGAGUGGGAGGAUGGGGGAACAGGGUGGUUUAAGGACGGGUUGGUUGGCGGCGUUUGGAACGGAGGGGUAUGAUGGUGAACCGCCUUUGUUGGAGGAAUUGGGGGUUAAUUUUGAGCAUAUUCGGACGAAGACCCUAUCCGUCCUCAACCCCUUCGCCUCAAUCGACAAUCACCUCAUGGACGACAGCGACCUCUACGGCGCCCUCCUCUACAUCGUCCUCUACGGAACAUUCCUCCUCCUCUCCGGAAAAGUCUUCUACGGCUACAUCUACGGCGUCGCCGUCUUCGGCACCGUCGCCCUCCACCUCAUCCUAAGCCUAAUGUCCCCCGCCCUCGACACAGCACCACCCCCCAACACCGCCGAUCCCGCAAACUACAACCCCCACCACAAACCCUCGCUCUCUGCCGCCUCCUCCACUGUUGGCCAUUUCUCUGCCACACUGACUUUCCCCCGCUCCGCCAGCGUGUUGGGAUAUUGUUUCUUGCCGCUGGUUUUGACUGCGUUGAUUGGGAUUUUGAUUCCCAUGGAUACGCUUUUCGGGUAUCUUUUGACUACGGCGGCCGUUGGGUGGUGCACGUAUAGCUCGUCCGGGAUGUUUUGUGCCGUGGCACGGAUGAGUGGGAUGCGUGGAUUGGUGGCGUAUCCGUUGGCGUUGUUUUAUGUUGUUUUUGGUAUUAUGGGGAUUUUCUCGUCGAGGGGGACGGGUUCGCUGGCUGCGAAGACGGGUGCUGCUUGA